GGUAUGGAAACCGAGAGCAAAUAAAAAGUGCAGACACUUUAGAAAACCAGGCAUUUAGGCUCUCCAGACUCCCGCUCAAUUUGGAGAAGCUGAUCAUCUUUAGUCAUCUUUACACACACCAAAAACAAAGAGCCUAGUGACAUUGCUCAGACCUAUCACUCACCUGAGCCAGAAGAGGAACCUCACACCAUGGAAGCACAUUCUGUUCCUAGCAUUGUAGAGUCUGUAGGUCAUAAUGGCUCUCAAGCUAUCCUGGACAGUAUGGCUUUGACAGAGGAGGAACGGAGCGCCAUUCAGGAGGCAACAAUUGGUCAGCGCGACAAUCCAAUGUGGCAUUUGUUUAGGAGAGGGAGGCUGACUGCCAGCAACUUUGGAGAUGUCCUAAUGUCAAAGGAUGUGACAGCUGUAGUUAACAAGGUGCUGGGAAAGCAACCAUCCCUGGAGGGUCAUCCAGCUAUAGACUGGGGUAUUGAGAACGAGAGUAAGGCCAUCCAGAAAUUCAUAGAUGAAACUCAGAGGGAAGUCCAGGAGUCCGGCUUGUGGCUGUCUCUGUCAGGAGUGUUGGGAGCAUCUCCAGAUGGUCUGGUGGGGUCGUCUGAAAUAUUGGAGGUCAAGUGUCCCUACAAUGCAAGAGAAAUGACAAUUGAGGAUGCAGUGAAAAUGCAGCGCUUCUAUGUCAGUAAGGAAGGGGAUACUUACAGCUUGCGCAGAGACCAUCGCUACUGGCACCAAGUACAGGGGCAGCUUCACCUCACUGAAAGACAAACCUGCUACUUCGUCGUGUGGACGACAAAAGACAGUGUCAUUAUACCGAUAUCCAGAGAUGACACAUGGCAACCAAACCUGCAGGUCCUGGAAGACCUUUUUAAGACCCACGUGCUUCCAAGGCUGCACAACAUAAAUCAAUAACAAUUAAUAAUGUUUAAUAUAACUACAUAUAUAGUUUAGAAAGAGUCAUGUUUAUUAGAGAGUUGACUAAAUAAUAAUUAUCAUAAAAAUUAAUGUAAGGUAAUCUGGGAUUUGGGAUUUAAUAUAGUUUGAUGGGUUGAGUGUCCUGUAUGUGUUGUUAUGGUUAUCAAUUCUGUUACAAAUUUUUGUUUAAGAACAUUUUAGAAAAAUCUGAAUAAAAAAU